AGACAAAGAGGAAUCCAAAAUGGCGGACGUUUGAGUUGACAACGGAGGAAGCGGCAGUAAUUUUUACAAUAUUUUCUUUAUUUCACACUUUAACAAUAGGUACUAUGUCUACUCAGUUUAUGUCUCCCUCUGCUUAUAUGCCUGCACCUCCUGCCAUGAGUUAUAACGGCUACCCUACUGGUAGAAAUGGGGGGUUUUCAUUUCGUAAACGUGUUGAGAGAAUGGACUGGAGGAAGAUUGCUUCCGUUGAUAUCGAUCACAUCUCUAGAACUUUAGAUUUCACCACUCUCCAAGAGAACAUUAUGAACAUAACAUUCUGUAAUUUAGAAGCAGAGAUGGACAUAAGGUCUAUAGACCCCAAUUUCGUCAAACUUUUCAAACUGGCUCAACUAACUAUAGAAUACCUACUGCACAGCCAGGAGUAUCUAGCAGGACUGUGUGCUUCUUUUGAAGAGAAAUCUAAACUAUCUGAGCAGGAAGUGGAGAAGGUGAAAGAAGAGAUAGCAACACUACAGAAAGAACUGACUGAGGUGAAAAAAGAAAGUCAUAAAAGGAAAAAAUUGUUACUGGCCCAACAGCAACUCAUGUUUGCUGGUAAUGAAAGCUACAAUAGGUGUCCUUUCUGUGUGAAAUCCUUCCUCAACAAUACAUACCUGCAACUCCAUAUCACUCGACGACAUGCAGGCAUCAGCAUCAACAACAAAGAUGGAUCCAGCUCUGUUAGUCCAGACCUAGGUGUGGGCUCAGAGAGUGCCAGAAAUAACUUAGAAAAUGAAUUGAGCCAAAUCAAAGAAAAGCUACUCAGGCAGGAGGCUGAAAUACAAGAAGAAAGGAGAGCUCUUCAGUCACUGAAGAAUAAAGAUGCUAAAAUCUUAGCAAAUCAAGUCCAACAAAUCUUGUCAGCCCCAACAGAAAUCUUGCAGGAGGAGGGUGAAACCGGUCACAGUUCUACAUUGAUGAAAGAGAUCAAAGAACUAAAUGCAAAGCUGCAGGCAUCACAGCAUGCUCUGAAAGAAUUGGAAGCAAGAACAGGAGAGAAGCGCUCAUACCUCGGAGAACUUGUGGAUGAUAAUGAAAAUGAAAAGAAAGAAGUCAAAGAACAAAAGAUGGAGAUAGCAGUAUUAAAGGGACAGUUACAACAGCAGUUGGAUCAAAUGAAGGAAGUAAUGCAAAUAAACCUAGAGAAACAAGAAAGAAAAUGGCAGAAGAAAAUGCAGCGCAUGGCUCAGCAACAUGCCACAGAAACAAAGAAACUUAACAAUGCAUUGGAAACCACAUCUCACUCCCAAGACGGGAACAUAGGCAAGACGACCAUAGAAUCACAAAAGGAAGUGGAACAGUUACUGAAGCAAUCUAGAGAGCGUGAGAAAGCCUUAGAAGUUGAAGCACAUCAGCUUGAAGAGGAAAUCACCAAAACUACUGAGAUCAAGCAGUUUAAGGCACCCAAGAAAAGUCCAAGGAGUAAAUCUCUAGAUAAUGUCACAGCUCAGCCGGCUAUGAAAUUUAGCAGCAUGUACCCUAGUGAUGAGGAAAAAAGUGCAGGUUUUAACACUGGGACUAGCAGCCUGCAGACUUACCGCCAAGACACCAUGGGUACAUCAACUAUGGGUAUGACUGGAACUAGGACUUUACACACAAGUCAGUUUCUUGAAGAACUGAAGAAGAAUCCAUCAAUGGCUGUGAUGAGGGAACAACUGGCAGAACUGCUACAGGAACUUGUAGAGAAGAAGGGAAUACCAGCUACCCAAACGGGCAUCACUGAUGGGGUCCUAGAGAACAAGUUAAACUUGUUGCAGACACAGAGACAGUUGAAUGUUCAGAAAUAUCCCAACUUCAUGGCGUUAAGAGAACACUUCAACAAGAAAGCGACAGAUGAGGCCAAAAGACAACUUAAGAUGAAGCUGAGUUCACCCCGUGGACCUCCACCCUCAGGACCACGACGACGGCUAGAACUGUCCCCACGUACACCCUUACAUCACCAAAAUACAUCAAAUCGUCCACGGGCUGGACCUCCGCAUCCACAACAAAACAUAUCAAACCAGAGAACAACACCCCGGAGCACCAGCGGACCAGCAGCUAGAACACAGCCAAAACCACAGCCUCAACCUCGGGCUCCUCGCACCCCCCUCUCUACUGGGUCAACCACUGAGUGGACCAGCACAGCGUUUGACAGUGACGAUGACUCUGAUGAGGAGGAUGCACCCGGGGGACAGGCUUUCACCCCCGCCCCUAAUGUCAGGCUCAUACAGUCUGGGCCAGCUAAGGGCCCCGCUGGUCCGAGCCCCAGCCCACGCCUACAGGGCCCUAAACCACGGCUGAUCCAAUCAAGACCUUUGAACAACAAUGCUGAUGAUGACAUUGAUGAUAUUUUGGAUUCAGACAGGCCAGGUUAUAGAGUCACACCUGAAAUUAAAAAAUCUGGAAGUGUGCCCAAUUUAGCUCGAGCUAUUGAAAGCCAGCUGGGGGCUCGUACAUCAGAUGUCAAACCUGUGGGCGGAGUUAACUUAAUGGCACCAAAAGGGGGACAACCAAAACAUGAUGUGGGUGAUUUUGAUGAAGAAAGUGAUUGGGAGAGUACAGCACCUCAUGAAUCAGUCCCUGUUCCGAAAACACGACCCCAAAUCAGGGUGAGCACUGAUGGCAUGUCAACCAACACAUACAACUCCAGCGCUUGGGGGUCAUCCUCUAAAGCAGCCAGCACAGUCAAGGACAAAGAGCGUAGGUCAACUUCACGGAGCUCCUUUGUCAGUAUGACGUCAGUCAGCUCCGAUGACGAAAUGAACGUAGAUAAUAUAUAGACAGGGUGCCUCAUACUCUUAUGUAGUAUUAAUUACAUUUAAUCAUUUGAAAUGUACUUUUUUUUUCCUCUUGUCAAAAAUAUUUACACUACAAAUAUUAUAGUAUUUGUAAUUUUAAUAUGAGGUAAUGAAUUAUUUAGUUUCGGUUUACAUAUUUUACAGUAAUUUUUAUCAGUCACCAUACCAGAUUAUCUUACAAGUAGUAAACAUCCAAUUUAAGCAUAAUCUUUUUUUUUUCUUAUUGACAAUACUGAAGGGGGCUAAUGGACAAUAUACAACAUAUAAUGUACUUUGGUUUGCGAGUUUGCAAAUAUUACUCCUGUGAAGAAUUUGUUCCGCUUCUUGUUGUAUACCCCUGAGUGAAAAUUCUCUUCUGUGUUACUGAAUUUACAGCUGAAUAUAUUUAUAUUUUUAUAUAUGAAGUCACAUGUGACCUGUUCAAAAUUUUAAAUGCAGAAAUUACUAUUCUUCUACAAUAGUGUUAAAAGAAAACUAAAAUACAUAAAUUUACAUUGAUGUUGUUUUAA